CGAUUGCAUAGGGUUCUUUAAUGUGUUCGUAGCUUACAACCAAGCGUAGAGGUCGUUUGCGGCAUUUUCCUCUCGUAAAGCGCCUAGCCGUGGGCGGGCAAGCAGCCCGCAGCCAUGGACUUCUUUGUUGGCAUCAAGGGCAAGGACUUUGUUAUGGUAUGUAGCGACACGUCUGCUGCCCAGUCCAUUAUCAGCAUAAAGCAGGAUGAGGACAAGAUCGUGCCCAUUGACGACCACAAGGUCUUUUGUAUAGCUGGCGAGGCAGGGGAUCGUGUUAAUUUUAGUGAAUACAUUAUUGCAAACGUGAAACUUUACGCACUUCGAAACGGCACGGAGCUCAAUACGAAAUCUGUCGCCAACUACACGCGCGGGGAGCUCGCGACAGCACUACGAAGCUCACCGUACCACUGCAACUUGCUGCUUGCGGGAUACGACAAGGAAACCGGGCCAGCACUGUACUGGCUGGACUACCUGGCUACAUUAAGCAAAGUAAACACGGGAGGCACUGGCUACGGCUCAUACUUCACGAUGUCGCUGUUCGAUAAGAUGUGGAAUCCGGAGCUUACGGUGGACGAGGCUGUAGCCAUGAUGGACGCGGGCAUUGCGGAGGUCAAGAAGCGCCUGGUGGUGGCGCCGCCGCAUUAUAUUAUGAAAGUUAUUGACAAGGAUGGCAUUCGUGUCGUGAAGACGGUUUGAGCGCGCGCGGGUGAUGCGCACGCCGGGGAACUGAACUCUUAAGAUGGCGCCGAGGGGCGUAAACCGAAAACGAGGCAAGGCGGGAACUCCCGGCGCCGGUGAGGUGGAAAUGCAAAGUGCAGAAGGGCCAUCGGGCCCUUCAGCAUUGGGCCAGAAGGGGUUAAGAGGAUGCGCGCUGGCAUGAGUGGACCCCAAACGCUGUGUGUGCCUUUGAGCACGCACAUCAUGAUGUUGGAAGAGGUAGAGAACACGCUCUUAGCUGGUUGAAGCCGAAACACGCGGUUUCACAGUCAGGGGGCUCGUGCUUGUUGAACGUCCUUAUUAUGCCGGCAUUGGAAGCUCGGCUUGGUAAAAGGCGCUGAGAGGAGGCAACGAGGAAAAGCGUUGAUGACAUGUGCCAUGGAGGACGGCUGGUGCCUUUAGAGGCAGCCCCUAUGGUGUCUGUCAUUGGUCGUGUCAUUGGUCGUGAUGGCUCGUUCUGGAGAGGGGGUAUUUCCAUUAAACUUCUGUGGCUUCUUUGGCAGCCGAAAACUCGCGGCGUCAGGCUGCAAAAGCAGGUCGGUUAAAGGGCUGUUCGCCAGCAAACGAUUUGUAAGGGCGCGUCAGUUGUCAAGCAGUCGUGCCUUCACCCAGCUUCCGCCCUGGCACGGACGCUUAUCGCGGCGACUCCGGUAUGGAGCAUAGAGGCGCCGCGUUGUAUUGCAUAGAUGUGCAGUAAAAGUCCUGUGUUGUGAAUCCUCGUCGCGUAAGUAAAAAUCCCUGUUAGGUAUUUAACGCUUGUGGUUUAAGCUUGGUUCGUUAGUUAAAGUCGCCAUUGAUAAUUCCGGCGGCGGGGCAGCUGUUGACCUCGUUGCGUUCUUGUUGUCAGGUGAUUUCACAAUUAGUGCCAAUCAGGAAUGUGGGCUGUCUGGAUCUGGAUUUCCUUUAGGUCAACGUGACUGCUUACAACUUUCCAUGCAAAUAAACGAAUAACUUCUCUCCUAAAGGGCCAUUACGGUUUCUGGAAAUAGACACCGAGAUUUGCAGACCUUCGGCUUAGAUGAUGACAGGGGUCGUAACUGUGCAACUC